ACUGCCGCACACACACACACCGGUUACCCUUGUGACCGGAGCUCCCCAGUGCUUGCGUAUUCAUCUGCGCGAGUGAGAGAUCGAUCCUUGUGUGCUGCUGUGUGAUUGAGUUGAGUUCAAUGUUGGCGAUGUGCGGAGGGAGGAAACCACCGCACUCACCUCAAAGAAUGACAAGCUCGGUUCAUCGGACGUCUUCGAUUAACUUUGGAUGUUUAGCUGAUGUCGACUUUUUAGCUUUUUCUUCAAUGGAAUCAACAAGAGACUAGUAAAAUCGCAGCCUUCACAUGAACAGCAAAACAAUGUGUUGGAAUUUAGUCUAAGAAGCAGCGGCUUCAGAUUCUAAAUAACGAACGUGAUAGACAUUAAGAUAAGACAGUUGCUGGGAGUCACCGGGAGACCUUCUACCAAGAAACUCGAUAGGCUGUCCAGAGACAAUCUGUGGAAGAGAUACACAAAAUGGCGAGACAUAACCAUCGAUAUUGAGCCCCCCUGUGGUUGAUGGUGAUGCCUGAGCCCAACCCAGCAAUGCAGAAGACGAGAACUCGGUGGUGGCAGGGACGACUGGGAGUUCCUCUGCUGUUUCUGGUUUUCCCGCUCCUCAGGACCGAACCGCUCCAACUCGAGCUGUCGUUCAAUGGACUUUCGGAGCCCCAGAAUGUGACACUGGCUGCUAUCCUGCCUUUGCACAACACUGAAUACCCGUGGGCCUGGCCUCGCGUGGGACCCGCUCUGAUCAGAGCUCUGGAGCGAGUCAAUGACGAACCCACCCUGCUGCCGGGCCACCGCCUCCGCAUCGUCUACGACAGCAGCGAAAGCAAAGAUGGAGUCUGCUCCGACUCAGUGGCGCCGUUGGUGGCCGUGGACCUCAAGUUCUCCUACGACCCGUGGGCCUUCAUCGGGCCUGGCUGCGACUACGCUUCGUCUCCUGUGGGCCGCUUCACCACCCACUGGGACGUUCCCAUGGUGACGGCCGGGGCAGCGGCCAUCGGCUUCAACAUGUACACAUCCAUCACCAACACGGGCCCCACACACAAGAAGCUGGGCGAGUUUGGGGUGCGCCUGCAUCGCCAUUUUGGCUGGCACAGGCACGCCAUGCUCAUGUUCAGCGACAACAAAGACGACGACCGGCCAUACUACUUUACGGCAGAGGGGCUGUACACGCAGCUGCAGCUGGACAACAUCACCACAGCAGACAAGGUCUUCAAUGAGCAGACUGGACCCGUCCAGUAUGAUGACCUCAUCAGUGAUAUAAGCCAGAGUGCCCGAGUGGUGUACAUGUGCUGCUCAUGGGACACUUUCCGGAGGCUGAUGGUACAGUUCUGGAGGGAAGGCCUGCCCCCGGAGGACUAUGCCUUCUUCUUCAUUGACCUGUUCGGCCACAGCCUGAGGAAGCAGCCCGCUAGGCCCUGGUACAGAGGAGACUCAGAAGAUCACGCCGCCAAGAAGGCCUUCAGGAGUGUGAAGAUCCUGACCUACAAAGAGCCACAGAACCCAGAGUACAAGGAGUUUGUUUCCAACCUGAAGACGGACGCCAUGAACAUGUUCAACUUCACCGUAGAAGACUCGCUGAUGAACCUGAUAGCAGGAGGAUUCUAUGACGGCGUGAUGCUUUACUCUCAGGCCCUGAAUGAGACCAUGACAGAGGCAGGGGGCCGGCCGCGAGGGGACACCGUCACCAAGAGGAUGUGGAAUCGCACGUACCAUGGUGUUACUGGCUUGGUUCAGAUUGAUGGGGCAGGCGAUCGGGAGAUUGACUUUGCCUUGUGGGACAUGACUGAUCUUGACUCUGGGGUCUUUCAGAUCGUGUCCGUCUACAACAGCAGCCUGAAGGAGCUGGUUCCAGUGCCGGGCAUGAAGGUCCAGUGGCCGGGGGGCGCCCCCCCUCAAGACAUCCCCGACUGUGGCUUCAAGAACGACAAGCCCGCUUGCUUAGCACGGACAGUCACUAUGCACCAGAUGGUGGCCAUCGUGGCUUGCUUCAUCUUCGUCAUCAUCGUCACUGUCACCGUCUUCAUCUACAGGAAGCUGAAAUUGGAGAAUGAGUUGGCUGCUCAGCUCUGGCGAGUGCAAUGGGAAGACGUGCAGAUGAGUGACCUGGAGAAAGUGCUGCGCAGGGCCUGCAGCAGACUCACCCUGUCUCUGAGAGGCUCCAACUAUGGCUCCUUCCUGACCAUGGAAGGAAACUUCCAGAUCUACGCCAAAACUGGCUACUACAAGGGAAACAUUUCGGCCAUUAAGUAUGUCACUAACAAGAAGCGCAUCGAGCUCACCAGGAGGGUGCUCUUUGAGCUCAAACAUAUGCGUGAUGUUCAAAACGAGCACUUGACUCGCUUUAUCGGAGCCUGUAUCGAUCCUCCUAACAUCUGUAUCAUCACAGAGUACUGUCCCCGGGGCAGCCUGCAGGAUCUUAUGGAGAGCGAGACCAUCACUUUGGACUGGAUGUUCAGAUACUCUCUGAUCAACGACAUUGUUAAGGGAAUGGCCUUCCUUCACAACAGCGUCAUCGUUUCCCAUGGUAACCUGAAGUCCUCUAACUGCGUGGUGGACAGUCGCUUUGUCCUGAAGAUCACUGACUACGGGCUGGCUAGCUUCCGCGAAAAGUCCAAUAUGGAGGACACACACGCCUACUAUGCCCGGAAAUUGUGGGCAGCUCCAGAGCUACUGAGGGCAGAUAGUCCCCCGCCAUGUGGCACACAGAAAGGUGACAUCUACAGCUUCGGCAUCAUUCUGCAAGAGCUGGCCCUGCUCCGAGGGGUCUUCCACGUCGAGGGGGACACCCUCAGCCCCAAAGAAAUCGUAGAGCGCGUGGCGCUGGGCCAGUGGCCCUACCUGCGGCCCUCCCUCUGCCCCCAGAGUCACAGUGAAGAGGUGGGCCAGCUCAUGCAGCGCUGCUGGAGCGAGGACGUGAACGAGAGGCCCGAGUUCCACCACAUCAAACUGCUGCUGCGCAAACACAACAGAGGUUAUGGGUCUAAUAUCCUGGACAACCUGCUGUCUCGGAUGGAGCAGUACGCCAAUAACCUGGAAGAACUGGUGGAGGAAAGGACACAGGCUUACCAUGAAGAGAAACGCAAGGCCGAGGCACUGCUCUACCAGAUACUUCCACACUCUGUAGCGGAGCAGCUGAAGAGAGGGGAGACGGUGCAGGCUGAGGCCUUUGACUCGGUCACCAUCUACUUCAGUGACAUUGUGGGCUUCACCGCCAUCUCAGCAGAGAGCACGCCCAUGCAGGUGGUGACCCUAUUGAAUGACCUCUACACGUGUUUCGAUGCCAUCAUCGACAACUUCGAUGUUUAUAAGGUGGAGACGAUAGGCGAUGCAUACAUGGUGGUGUCUGGGCUGCCCGUGAGGAACGGCAAUCUGCACGGACGAGAGAUCGCCCGCAUGUCGCUAGCCCUGCUGGAGGCCGUACACUCCUUCAGAAUCCGCCACCGACCUGCCCAGCAGCUCUUUCUGCGCAGUGGCAUCCACAGUGGCCCAGUGUGUGCUGGUGUUGUAGGACUGAAGAUGCCUCGGUUCUGUCUGUUUGGAGACACAGUCAACACAGCCUCUCGCAUGGAGUCCAAUGGGGAGGCCCUGAAGAUCCACGUGUCGGAGGCCACGCGCACGGUGCUGGACGACUUCAACUGUUUCCAGCUGGAGCUGAGAGGAGACGUGGAGAUGAAGGGCAAAGGGAGGAUGAAGACCUACUGGCUACUGGGAGAGAGCACCAGCAACAUGGCUUACUAGAGAGAGAGAGAGAGAGAGAGAUAGAGAGAAGAGGGAGAGCGAGAGAAAGAGAGAGAGAAGGGGGAGAGCGAGAGAAAGAGAGAGACGGGGAGAGCGAGAGAAAGAGAGAGAGACACACACGGGAGAGAGAGAGAUGCAUACUGUUCAGACCGUAUUAGAGAGACGUGGUAGAAAAGAGAUGUAAGGGAAGGGAGGGCUGAGGUAAAAGGAAAAGACAUGCAUACAGAUGCACAUGGGAAUGGAGUGAAAUGGAAAUAAGCAACAACAAAAAACUGUACCACUGACAACUCCCUUCUUAAUGAUAGUCUCAUCGACAGAGUCUCACUGCUCUUCAUGGGGAUACCUUGGUUCCUAUAGGUGGACAAGCCCUGUCUAGAUUGACUUACCAUGGUGGAUCAUCCAUGGACAGCUGUAGACUUGUAGACUUUCCAACCAAAGGAACGAUAUCACUGCUACACCGCCAUGUGCCGAUUGGCGAGGCACCACCUCUGAUUGACACAGGCGAUGGGCAUUUGCGAACGACGCCACUCUGUGUUCCAGAGUUGUAACUCGAUAUUUGUGAACAAACAUUUUGGACAUUCUUGUUUGGACCUGUUGUUUGUGGUGACGAGAGUUGUCCAAUGUGCUAUUUUGUGGUUAUUUGACUUUGUGACUGACUUGGUGUUCUCUAACAUUUGUGUAGAGUCCUUAGUGUUAUGUGAAGCAUUCCCUGGUGUUUUCUAUUUAUUUCACAAGUGGUUUGUGUUCUAUAUUACUAUAUCAGUUUGUUCUAUAUCAGUCAAACAUGAAUCAACUGAAGUCCAGAGGGGUACACUACGAAUGUAGCUAGAUGUAUUCAGUAUUUUCUGAUAUUAGCUAGCUUCAGUCAGCUUCACGUAUGUUAUGAAGGCAGAUCAGGCAGAUGUUGAUCGUUCACUCGCCGCUUACUUGAGCCUGCUCGAGCCGGGCUUGUAACUGCACGUACAUGUCACACAUUGCUAGUCGAAAGCCAAACUGAGACGAUACUGAAACAUUAGUCCAUGCGCGAGUCAGUGACACAUUUUCAUUUUUGCCAAAAUCUAAAUGAAAGGAAAAACUAACCUGCAAAUACAGCAGGCUAUGGUGUGAAAUGGGCUAUUACAAGUGCCGUCUGUCUUGCGCAUAUUGUUUAUUUGGUGUGCUUAGCAAUGCACGAUGACUCCCCACUCAUAUAGAUAAAAUCAUUGUAUGAAUUCCUACGACAGUUUUACUGCCCGUGAAGUUUCAAAUGCAUCCCGUCGUUACUAAAUGUGUUGUGUGUAAUGUAUUUGAAUGUUACUAUUUAUAACACACAGGUUUGACUCAACCACUUCAUUCGGGAUAAAUUGAGUAAAACACUGAGUUGGCCAUCCCGGGAGCAGAUUAGUUCUGAAGGAUUCGUUGCCACAGAAAUGUACCUGGCUAAAAGGUGAGCCACAUUUGUGUCACCGUUUGAACUCAGAGUUGACCAAAGGUUCCUCGCUAACUCCUCAAACCAGAUUCGUGGAAUAGGGCUCGGUAAUCCAUAAUAAUACGAGUCAACAAAGUGUGUCCCACAACCUAGUAGGCUAUGUGCUUUAGGGGGAAGUAGUGGAGGCAAUCACCACCAUGCAAGUAUAGGCGAUCUAAUUGACAUUGGUGAAAUGUCUCAAAUGGACACUUAUGGCUGUUAAGGACAUUGUGCUUGUAAAUAAGUCCGUGUGCAUUCAACAGGACUGUUCAAAAAGAGAUUUUACAGCCAAAACGAAUAUUUUUGGUCAUAAAAAAAACUAUUUGCGUUAAUCUUCUCAAGAUAAACUGCGAUGACAAUGAAGAAUUGAGAAUUAGAGUUGGCCACGAAUGUCAACUUUUGGGUGAAUUAAGUAUUACUAUCUAGUCACAGGUAAUGCUGUCUGCAUGGUUAUAACCAGCUAGUCCUCUCACACGAAGUUCUUAUAUUACAGACUCAUUUUGAAGUUCAGAUUUUCUAAUUGUCCUUUUUCCUUCUUUCUUUUUUACACGAUGAUGUUAUACUCAAGGGUACAAAAGAAUGAGCGAGUCUAGCUCUUCACUUCUGUUACUGAUAAGAAAGGUCAGAUUUAUUGCAGAUUGGGAGUCCUUCUAAAUGGCAUACAUAGCAUAGUGAAAAAUUAUAUAUUGGAUAUAUGCCCAUAAACUCUCAAAGUUGACUCUCUGAGGAUACAGGUUUGGCUUGUGAUUUGCAAACAUGCUACAACAAACGAGUCUUUUGCUUUUUGUUCGUUGGUGUUUUUGGGUGGCUCUGCUUGUUGUCUAUCUGAAAGGAACAGCUCGCUACUUGGCUCAGAAGUGGAGCAUCACUGAUAGGCAGCAGGCACCCAUAUACCAACCAGCGCUAUGGACCAUGUGAAUGUGCUCUCACUUGAAUGGCCCUAAACCUUAAACUUAUCAUCAGUGAGAAUAUCCCCUUUCCAACUUAAGUCUAAAUGAUUUGAUCAUUUCAUUUUCCAUGAGUGAAUGUAUCACCUAAGUCAAAGCCAAUACUGUGAAAUAAUCAGGAUUGGUAAUGUGGAGUUGUAAAUGAUAACAGCUCUGUGUGAUGUCAGGGAGACACGUCAUUCAUCAGUAGUAACUCACCCAAUGUCAGGCUUGAUCUGACAGGUAACCCAGCGGGCAAAACUGGUUUCAGUAUAAUCUAUUUUAUGGCGUCGUAGUCAGGUUGUAUACUGGUGGUGUGAAAGUUUAUGCAGAAGUUAAUUAUUUUUAGCAAACAGAAAAUCAAGUCUUUGUCUAGUUGUAAUCUGACCAGAUAACAACCAAAAUAUGACGUCUUUCCCAUUAUGUCUUCUUGUCGUGAAAAAUGUGUCUUUACCUGGUUGUAACAAGCAAUUGGUUGAGACCAGAAACUGGUUGAGACCAGUUGCUUGUAAUGUGGUUGUAUGAUUUCUUGUCAACCAGAAAACCUUUUUACAACCAGAAAAUGACAUCAUUAAGAUAAUUCCAAGGCAGGUCCAUCUGCAUACGGUAUGUGUCCACUAUGAAUGUGGUCACAUGGCUUCUUUAAAUGUGUUUCUGAUGCAGUAAAAUGUAUUGUAUUGUGUUGUUUUGGUUGCCGUGUCUGUAUUUUCAAAGAGUGGGUUGGUCUUUGAAUUACUGUAUGUUACAAUGUACUGUUGUGUUUUAAAAUAUGACAUUGGCGUUGUUUUGGGGGGAGAAAGAAAUGUUCAGUUACAUUGCCUGUCUUGUUUCGGGUCAGUUGAAUGUCUUUAUAAAAUCAGUUGAUAACCCACA